UCAAAAGGCGCAGACCUUCUUUCUCUCCAGUUCAAUGGAAUUCCAUCCACAUUCAGGACAUCAACAUUCCAAAUUUCCCACAUAAUAAUGGGAUCUCCAAUCACGUGUCCGGCCAAUCACCAGCCCAGCACUAUCAAAUUUACCUCAUCGCAAGAGAAGGCACAAGUCCGUUAUAAUCUGAUAUAUAUACUGUUUUUAUAAACAGAAGAAGGGACUUUUAUCUGCUCUCAUUUUGUCUGGGGUAACCGACAACGGGCAAGCUGCUUUCUUGUCCAACAUUUUCCCUGUUCCUCGGACCCUGUUUCGUUUGCAAACUCUACCUCUUCCAAGAGUUUUUCCCAGUCCAGAGAGAAGCAAAAAAGAAAUGGCAUUCACGGGGACUUUGGACAAGUGCAAGGCUUGUGAUAGGACUGUCCAUGUUGUGGAUAUGUUGUCUCUUGAAGGAGUGCCUUACCAUAAAACCUGCUUCAAAUGCAGCCAUUGCAAGGGGAACCUUGUGAUGAGCACCUACUCCUCCAUGGAUGGAGUCCUGUACUGCAAGCCUCAUUUCGAGCAACUAUUCAAGGAAUCUGGCAAUUUCAGCAAGAAUUUCCACACAGUAAAGUCUGAAAGGCAAAAUGAGCUGUCUAGGACUCCCAGCAAAGUCUCAUCCUUGUUCUGUGGAACCCAAGACAAGUGUGCCGCUUGCCAGAAGACAGUGUACCCAUUGGAGAAGGUGACGAUGGAAGGGGAAUGUUACCACAAAAAUUGCUUCAGGUGUGCUCAUGGUGGGUGUCAUCUGACACACUCUUCUUAUGCUGCUCUGAACGGGGUCCUCUACUGCAAGCACCAUUUUGCUCAGCUUUUCAUGGAGAAAGGAAACUACAACCACGUUCUGCAGGCUGCUUCACACAAGAGAAAUAACUCCUCUGCAUCUAACGAGCCUGCUGAAAAUCAAGCUGAGGCUGAGGAAGCUGCGGCUGAUGAAGAGCCCUCCGAAGAGCAAUCUUAAAAAUUAAAACAUACCCUGGUUCUUAUGAUUCCCACCACGAUCAUUUUUUCUUUCUUUUCUUUAGAGUUUUUGCAAUAGUUUGAUUGGGUGGCAGACCAUCUCAUCAAAGUUGAAUUUCUUGUCCUGAUUAUUCAUAUUUUGUUUUGGAUUGGCUUAUUUAUGUAAUCGAUACAAACUGCAUGGCGUGAUAAUAUAUAUUGAAAUUGUUUCCAGGUCCUUUGCAACCUGGAUUUGACUGAAA